AUGUCAGGUGAGGUUGUUCAUAUCACAGUGCUGACCGCGAAAUACACCCAAGUAGGUACAUCAAGUGGUCAGUAUCAAUGUUACCGCAGUGUACCAGAUACAGACGCUACACUAUCAUUUGGUAGAUCAGCACCCAUAACAACAGGCAUAUCACCACCAGGAGAUGUGCGACACAAGACAUCUAAACAAAUAAGAGUGGUCAGCUUCCCCACAGCCGAAUGGGAUAGAGAUGGUUUCGGUCCUUUCUACUGUGAGGCUUCUAAACCUGCUCGAGAUGUUACAAGGGUUACUACAUUUUUCAAACGAUUUGAUGCUAAAUUCAAUUCAAGGGAUGACUUGUUUACAAAGACAGUCAAUGUGAAUGACACUGAAGUGAUGAUCAGCAUGACUAGUCUUAAUAAUCCUGAUGAGGUUGACAAUGUGAUUACUUGGAUGAAAGAUGGAAGUGAGGUUCUUACAUCAUUUGAUGGGCAGACUCAGAUCAGCUUCCCAAACCCAAUCCAGACAUCAGACCAAGGAAUCUAUGAGAUCUACUAUUAUAACGAGAGGAAUCAAAAUAGAGGAGGACUAUACAGGCUCAUCGUCAGAGAAUGCCCUGCUGGUAAGUGGGGUCCCCCUGAGUGUUAUGGUAUCUGUGAUAAAUGCUACAAUGGUGGAGUCUGUGAUGACAAGUCUGGUCUAUGUAUCUGUCCUAACAACUUCAAAGGACCCAAUUGUUUAGAAAGUUGUACUAGUGGUACAUAUGGUGCAGGAUGUUCACAGACAUGUCACUGUGCAGGCGGUGGUUCAUCAUGUAAUAUCUACAGUGGAAUAUGUACAGGUGGAUGUCAGAUUGGCUGGUCUGGGGACAACUGUCAAAUUCCUGAUGAAUGUGAAGACGGUUACUAUGGAUCUCAAUGCACUGAUAAAUGUCAUUGCUUGAACGAUAAACCAUGUGAUAAAGAUACUGGAGGCUGCCCUGAGCAGAAGUGUGCUCUAGGAUACAAAGUACGCAAUGGCGGGGUCAAAUGUCAAGCAACCUGA